ACUUUUGGGAUCCCAGCUUCGCUUUCCCAUUUUGAAUAUCCCCAGCCUGCGCAAUUCGCUUGUUUCUGCUUCUCCCAUGUUCAUGCUGCACUGCACGUCUUGUUCAGUUUCUUGACCGGGGUCAAGCACUCUUCCUGUUCCCCUCCGCCCCAUUCUGCAUUCUCUUAUCAGCCAAGCUCCCGCCGUUCGUCUGCCUUCUCCCACGAACCUCUGGUCCCUCUGCAGAUACCUACGCCUACGAAUCCCCAGGCGAACAAGACCUGACGCCCAACCGCUGUUCGUCCAGCACCAAGCGUCUGCUUCCUGCAUACGUCCUACAAAGUCCUAUUUCCUAGAUACGGAUACCUUCUGUUAACGACCCUUUACGAACUUGACGAAACGAACUCAACUUCUUCGCACCUCAUCUAAGCUCAGCUCUGCAUGCAAGUGCGCUGACGCAAGCUGGUGUGGCGAAGACAAACUGCCGCCGUCAAUACGAGCACCACACCACCAACUAACUAUCCGUACGCACACUGCGCUACCUCCGCACACUGCGGCGACUCCAUCCUACUCGGACCCAAUUCCUCGACACAGCCUCCCAGCGACCGUCCAUUCUCACAUCGGGAAAAAAAAGCUGCUGUUCGACCCCUCCACCGCUAUCGACCUCGAACUCCUCUUCUCCGAUCCUACUAUUGCACUCGGCAUCUCGAGCACUCCCCUGUCCACAAGAAAGACGACUCUUCGACCCGCCUAAGCUUCGCCAAGAUUGUUGACAUUCGCCUGAUCUCGAUAGCCAACAGCCCGCGAAACGUCAAAUCACACAAACCGAGUCUCGACUUACUCCUACCGAUUGAGGGUUUCUAUGCCUAACGCCCUGGAUAUUUUUGUCAACACAUCUACCCCCGAUCUUUCAUAUCGUAACUAGAUUAAGCGAAUGAUCACGAAAGUCGAAUAACAAGGGCCCCUCUCUUCGAUACAUCUCCCCGGCGACCAAGUCGCCGGCGUACCCAACCGCCGCAAUGGAGCAAUCCGCGGAAAUGUUGACGGCGGCGCAUGAGAUAUACGCACGGAUGGGCGGUUCAACUGGCGAUACUGCCACGAGACCUGCCUCGUACAAGGCCAUUGGUAUUUCCUUGGCUGUAGCCUCCGGCGCAUUUAUCGGAACCUCCUUCGUCAUCAAGAAAGUCGGUCUUCUGAAGGCCAACGAGAAAUACAAUGAAGCUCCCGGUGAGGGCUAUGGCUACCUCAAGAACGCCUGGUGGUGGACGGGCAUGACCCUGAUGAUUUUCGGCGAGAUAUGCAACUUCGUCGCGUAUGCCUUCACCGACGCCAUCCUCGUUACCCCGCUAGGCGCCCUAUCCGUUGUCCUGACUGCCAUUCUAUCCGCCAUCUUCCUCAAGGAACGCUUAAGUAUGGUGGGCAAAGUCGCAUGUUUCCUCUGCAUUGUUGGCUCUGUCGUCAUUGUCAUGAAUGCGCCUGAGAAUUCUGCCGUUGCCAACAUUCAACAGAUGCAAAGCUAUGUCAUUCAGCCCGGGUUCCUGUCCUAUGCCGGUGUCAUCCUCGUCGGCAGCGCCAUUACCGCGUGGUACGCAGGGCCGAGAUGGGGCAACAAGAAUAUGCUGGUCUAUAUCUCCAUCUGCAGUUGGGUUGGAGGUUUGAGUGUUGUAGCAACGCAGGGUCUGGGUGCGGCAAUCGUGGCCCAGGCAGGUGGUGAGGCUCAGUUCAACAAAUGGUUCACCUAUGUUCUGCUGGUCUUCGUCAUUGGCACUUUGCUGACAGAAAUCAUUUACUUGAACAAAGCAUUGAAUCUUUUUAACGCCGCCCUCGUCACACCAACAUACUACGUCUACUUCACCAGCACAACCAUCAUUACUUCGGCAGUGCUCUUUAGAGGUUUCAAGGGCACUCCCACUGCUAUUAUUACUGUGGUCAACGGAUUCUUGACCAUUUGCGCCGGUGUCGUGCUCCUCCAACUUUCCAAGUCAGCCAAGGAUGUGCCCGACACCGCAGUCUUUGCCGGAGAUCUUAACCAGAUUCACACCAUCGCCGAACAAGAACAACCCGAGACCGAGCCCAAAGCAGAUGCUAUUCGUGGAGCUGCUGCGAUCGUGCGUCGCUUCUCCUCCGCCAGACAGAAGAUGGAAGAGGCCGAGUUCAAGCGAUUACAGGAAGAGAAAAUGCGAGAGUCGCUGGAGCCUGUGAGCGAAGAUGGCCAGCCCGUUUACGAAUGGGACGGGAUUAGAAGGCGGAGAACUAUGACGGUUGGAAGUCGAAGCACCAGAGGAACGAUACGAUCGCCUUAUCCUCUCUCGCAAGCCGGUAUCCCUCACACGCCGACUGUCAUCCCUCCCGCUUCUCCUCAGGCCCAUCCACCCCUCGGCAUGUCGCAUUUCCCCACUGAAGAGGAGUUGGCCGAGCACGAUCGGCCUUCCUCUCCCGGUAUGCUUUCAAGCAUUGCAGGUACCAUCCGAGAGCGAGCACGUAGUGUUCUGUCGCCGAACCACCCCCAGUUCCAGGAUCCAAGAGUUCAGAGCCCUAUGCAUCCAGUUCCCUUGACAGAAAUCGCCGUAUCCACGAUCAAAUCAGACGAUGACCAGACACCGUACUACGGCAAGAGCAGAGAGCAUGUGUACGGGCUUCCAGCUGGUGAACAUGGCGACUUGGAAUAUGCCGGUGCUGCCGGCGUGUAUGACCAGCGUGCUGUGUCGCAAGGUAGUGGCUUCAGCGGCACCAGCUCGCAUCUCGCACCUACUCCACCACCACAUUCAGCGAAAAGACAAUUUUCCUUCUCCAACGUCUUCAAGAGACAUCACGCUGAUUCACCGCACCACGAGGACGAUCACCAGCAGCAACAUCCGCAGCUCCGACCCACCAGCCGCUAUGGCCUUGGUUCGCGGGGUUACUCCAGUCCGCAAGUCAAGAACGCUACUGAAGAGGAGCGACUUGGUCUUGUAAAGGGAGACUCUCGCUCGAUGCCUGCCUUGCAACGCUAUGAUGACGAGGAUGAUGAGGAGGACUCGUUCAAUGACGACAAGUUGAGACAUGUGGACUCGAGCCCGAGCCCACCGCAGGCCUCGAGAUACGGACGCGGUAUCACGACGCCGCCUAGGAGAGGAAGUGAUGGACGUGAUACGGACUUUGAAUCCGAGGCACCUACACCGCCCCCUCAUCGGUCACAGCCUGGCGGUGGCGGUGGCCGCCCUAACGCAUUCCUCUGAGCGUAUGAUUAGCAUGAUUUUGGAUUGAUUCAACGCCGAAUAUGACAUGACGUGGAAGGCUUUCUGCUUGGAUGCCUCGGGUGUUCUUCACCUCUGUAAAAGUAAUGGACGAGUGGGUACAUAUCAGCAUUGGGAGAGGCCGCGUCCUCAUGGGAUGGAUAGACCAUGGGAGGUCAACUGUAGAUGGGAGAGAACAGGCUCAGUAGCCUGCAACAUGAGCAAGGCCAUUGUUGGCUCAUCAAUACUUAUAUAAAACACAAAUAUAAACACGUCAAUC